UUUUAAGUCGACGAGUUGUGACUGUUAUUAAAAUUUGGAAACGAAACAAAUAAUCCAAACGACACAAUUCCAUAAAAAACACUACCCGAAAUUUCCCAGAACAAAGCCAGGAAAAAGAAAAACGAAAAACUGCCAAUGUUGGUACCACGAAAUUCCCCAUAUUUGAAAAGUGCGUCAUAACUGUCAAUUUUCGAAAUUUGUAAAAAUGAACGGUUUGAAACGGGGGGCCCUCAUUGUGAUUGAAGGCGUGGACAGAUCGGGCAAAUCCACCCAAUGUAAGAAGUUAGUGGAGUCUUUGAAGGCCCGCAAUGUGAACGCAGCACUCAUAACCUUCCCCGACCGCACCACUCACAUCGGGGGGCUCAUAGACAAAUACCUGAAACAGCAGACGCACCUCUGCGACGAAGCCAUCCACCUCAUGUUCACAGCAAAUCGAUGGGAGAAAAAAACCGAAAUGGAGAAGCUCCUCAAACAGGGGGUUACUCUAAUCGUCGACCGGUAUUCGUACUCAGGGAUUGUUUACUCCUCAGUUAAGAAAAAUAUGAGCCUCAAGUGGUGUCAAGAUCCCGAAAAGGGGCUACUGAAGCCCGAUUUAGUGCUCCUUUUGGUUCUGAGUGAGGCGGAAGUGGUGAAACGCCCCAAUUACGGUAAUGAGAUUUAUGAAACUAAAGAGACGCAAGAAAAAGUCGCGGAGGCGUUUAUGGACUUGAGCAGAAAGGAGAAAUGGGAGGUUGUCUCAGCCGAUGGGAGUUUAGAGCAAGUGCACAAAGUUUUGCUUGAUAAGGUAAUAAAAAAGGUGGCCGAGGUCGGGGGCCACCCUUUACGGACGCUCAAUUUCAAUGAUUAAUUUUUUAAUUUAGAAUAAACAAGUUUACACUUUGUGUAAGGCGGCUAUGCUUGACAUUUCACUGUCAAAAUGGUAAAAAAAAAUGUAUAGGGCGGCUAUGACUGUUUGACAAUUUUGACAUUUUACUGUCAUUUAAUAACUCAAAUGUCAUAAAAAAAAUAUUUUUGUUUAAGUGGA